AUGUACAAGUACCCCUGCGUCGCAUUUGCCGUGUGUUCUUUGGCAGCCUGCGGCUUGGCGCUAAGCGGCCUGCAUUGCAUCUCCCGUAACGACUGGCUACGAAAGAGUACGUUCGGACGCCAGCUGGACGCGACACCACACUUGGGUGUACUGCCUGGCAACAUCUAGCAAAGUUUGAUAUUCAUCACUCGUCAUGAGUGCACCGUCUUCUCGUCGAGAGCUGUGGGAUUCUUUGCAUAAUUUUCUUGUUGUCUUGGCUCUCUUCUCUUCCUGCAGAUACAUGCGAAAGCACCAAUCCAGAGCGCUCGACUUCACGAACCGCUCAGUCGUGGUCGUUACCAUGCAUGCGACUAUCCAGCACCAUUCGGCGUCCUCGCCAGCUUCCACUGUGCCUGCUCAACAUCUUCUUGCUCUAGUCAUUCCUUCGCUCCUUCCUCGACCGUUGCCUUGUGACGAGUGGCAUAUCAAUGCCCUCACUCUGCACCUCCUCCACUCUGGUGUCUUCACCCUUGUGCAAAAACCGGCUGACCCCAUUUGUUCGGUCCUCAAAACCAGCCUGCGGCUCCUGCGAGGCCAUCAUCCAGCGCUUCGAGUGGGUGAUGUCCACCAUCCUGCUGCUUGCACCUACUACAGGGCGUAGCCAUUUCGCUACCGGUGAAACCCGCUGGAAGUGCUGUCUAGCGGGAUGAUCAGGAUUACGAACGUCUUGAGUUACAUACUGUAGAGGAUCUCCUCCAUAACCGGCGCAUGUGUGCCGAGGUGGCCACACCAUGUAUCGAUAAAUCACACAGACUCACAGAUCGUCGCUUGCAAUUUAUA